CUGUAUGGUCCGGUUGCCCUGGAGACGGGGCCUGUGGCCGGGUUGGAACCGGAGGUUUUGGGAUGUUUGCGCCCGAGCGGAGCCGGUGUUUGAGCCGCCGCAGGGCCCAGUACCUGGCAGCCGAGGCUUCUGGCCCCAAUCCCGGGCUGGUUAGGGAGCGCGGCUUCGGUGCUUGGGGCCUUCUGCUGCUGGUUACAGCCUUGUCCUUCCUCAGCCGCUUCUACCGACUGGCGGAGCCUGGGCAUGUGUGUUGGGAUGAAACUCACUUUGGAAAAAUGGGAAGUUACUACAUUAAUCAAACGUUUUUUUUUGAUGUUCAUCCUCCACUAGGCAAGAUGUUAAUUGGAUUGGCAGGAUAUCUGACUGGAUAUGAUGGUACUUUCCCAUUUAAAAAACCUGGAGACAAGUACGGCCACCACCACUACUAUGGCAUGAGAGCGCUCUGUGCAACCCUUGGGUCUUUCCUGGUUCCUUUUGCAUAUCUCAUCGUAUUGGAGCUCUCUAGCUCACUUUGUGCUGCACUGCUUGCUGCUGUUCUGCUGAUCUUUGAUACUGGCUGUAUCACUAUUUCGCAGUAUAUCCUGUUGGAUCCGAUUCUGAUGUUUUUCAUUCUGGGAGCAGUGUUGAGCAUGCUCAAGUUCAAUGCUGUGAAAGACAGGCCUUUCUCUCUAACUUGGUGGAAGUGGUUAAUGCUGACCGGAGUUAAUCUUGCUGGAGCACUUGGGGUAAAGUUUGUUGGAAUUUUUGUGAUCCUUCUGGUCGGAAUUAACACUGCCUGUGAUCUCUGGCAGCUUCUUGGGACUCUUGAUGUGUCUCUGGUUGAAUUUGGGAAACACUUGCUGGCACGAGUUUUGUGUCUCAUCCUCCUUCCUCUUGUGUUCUACACAGCAUUGUUUGGGAUUCACUUCAUAAUUUUGAACAAAAGUGGUCCUGGUGAUGGAUUUUUCAGCUCUGCAUUUCAGUCUCGUCUAAUUGGUAACAAUUUGCACAAUGCAUCAAUGCCAGAGCAUAUUGCUUAUGGAUCAGUGAUUACAAUAAAGAAUGUACGGACUGCAGGUGGGUACCUGCAUUCCCACUGGCAUCUAUAUCCAGAAGGAGUUGGAGCGCGACAGCAGCAGGUGACAGCCUAUUUACACAAAGAUAAUAACAACCUUUGGAUUGUGAGGAAACCUGAACACAUCUCAGGUGACACUGCCCAACAUAUUCGCCAUGGUGAUGUCUUCAAGCUUGAGCACAAAGAAACAUCUCGGAAUAUGCACAGUCACCAGCAUGAGGCACCACUGACAAAGAAACAUUUCCAGGUCACAGGAUAUGGAAUAAAUGGAACUGGAGAUUCAAAUGACUUCUGGAGAAUUGAGGUGGUUGGGGGACAGAAUGGGGAUCUGAUUAAAGUUCUCAGAAGUAAAAUUCGAUUAAUCCAUGUGGCAACUGGCUGUGUCUUGUAUUCCUCUGGGAAAACCUUGCCCAAGUGGGGCUGGGAACAGGCUGAAGUCAGCUGCAGUCCAUACCUUAAAGAAACCGUGAACUCAUUGUGGAACAUUGAGGACCAUGUUAAUACCAAAUUGCCCAAUAUUAGCCUUGAGGUUCUGAAACCCUCAUUCCCAGAGAUCCUGCUUGAAUCGCAUGUCGUCAUGAUCCGGGGUAAUAGUGGCUUAAAACCAAAAGACAAUGAACUCACUUCAAAACCCUGGCAUUGGCCAAUCAAUUAUCAGGGCCUUCGUUUCUCGGGGACAAAUGAGACUGAAUAUAGAGUUUAUUUAUUGGGAAACCCUGUAAUUUGGUGGCUAAAUCUGUCCAGUCUCGUUCUCUAUAUGAUUUUAUCAAGCAUUACAGCCAUCUACUUGCAACGCGGAUAUCUGCCAGUUCAGUGUGUCAGAGAGCGUGCUGGUAUUGUUCAGAAUGGAGCCAGACAGGUUCUGCUGGGCUGGUUGCUCCAUUAUGUACCAUUCUACCUGAUGGGCCGAAUCCUGUAUUAUCAUCAUUACUUUCCUGCAAUGCUUUUCAGUAGCAUGUUAACAGCAAUCACAUGGCAUGUUCUGCUGCAAAGUUUUGACCUCCUCUUCAGCCAGGAUGCAGCUCAGCGAGUUUACAAAAUUGGAAUGAUGUUCUUGGUUCUUGUCUGCAUGUAUAGGACUCAGAACUGCACCCGCUGCUCCAGCUCAGAUCAAACCCAUCUGAAAUCACAUACCUUUGGGCUAUAAACGGAAAGAAGAUUGUGCUGUUUACAAACUGAAUGCCAGGUAAGUUUUGCACCUUGAAAAAUCAAGUGUUAAAUAAAUUGUUGAGCUCUGCAAUACAGUGUUGCUUUUUAGAAGCAGUAAGAGGGAGAAUCUGCAGUUAACAAAUUCUGCCUGACAACAGCCUCCAGUCAGUUGAGCUGCAGAGUAUUAAAACUGUAAAUGCCAAGAGCAGCACAAUGUAAGAAAUAUCAAAGCAUGCAGCUCGGAAGCAUCUACCACUUUGUCUCUUUCUGUAGAGAUAAACCAAGCAAAGAGAGAGUUCCUGCAGGAUUCCAGUUCACCUGAUCAAUCACUCUGCUACAGGCAACAGUGUCUUGUGUUUGUAAAGAUGAAAAGCUCUUGGAGAAAAAUAACCUCACCUCUGGUUUGGAUUUUAAUCUUAAGUAUUUUGUUUACUCUGUCCAUAUUCUUCCACCACUAUUGUAUAUUUAGAUAUGCACUUGUGAUGCCAAGGCAUACAAGACUAUGAGGCAAAUGCUGGAAAAUGGAAUUAGAAUAGUUGGGUGAUCGCAUGGACUGAAGAGCUUUCUGUGCUGUACGUCUCUAUGACUCUAUUAUACAUGUGUUUUCUGUUUAUCAUGAUUGUGUGUGUGUGUGUGUGUGUGUUUAUGGCUUUGAAGGGAUACAAAAGGCUGUUUGUUACACUGUCGGUUACACUGGAAUGUAAAGUAGUGAGGUGCUACUAAGACUUUAUAAAGCUCUGGUUAGGCCCCAUUUGGAGUACUGUGUCCAGUUUUGGGCCCCACACCUCA